AUGUUGUUUAAAAAACUUGGUCCUUUAUCUUUCCUUUUUAUUAUCUUAAAAUGUUUAAACUCGGCUUCCGCCCAAUCCCCCCAAAUUUGUGAUAAAGCACCUGACGAUGCAAUAAAAAAUGCUUGUAAAAAUAUGGCUAAUGUAAUGGUUAAUGUUUCCAAUUUUGUUGCUGAAAAUCCACGCAAAACUGAUGGUACUGUUAAUGGUUGUACCCUCCCAAACGGCCAAAAAGUUCAAAAAGCACUUCGUAAAGAAAUAAGAAUGAUAUCAGAUGAAGAAAGAAAUGAACUUUUUAAAGCAAUUAGAGACAUGAAAGAUACUUCAGAUUAUGAUUAUAUAGCUGCAAUACACAAACUUGCCUAUGAACAAGGCGGUGCUCACAUGGGAGCCGCAUUCUUUUCUUGGCACAAUGAAUAUUGUAAAAGAUAUGAAAUCUUGAUUCGUAAAAGAAACCCUUCACUUGCUUUACACUAUUUGGACUCUACACUGGAUAGUCCGUUACCGACUCCAGCAGAUUCUGUUCUCUUUACUGAUGAGUUUUUUGGCACAACAAACGAGCAAAAUUAUGUAACUACUGGACCCUUUGCACCUUGGGAAACUCUGGAGGUAAGAAAAUUCUUUUUUAACAAAACGUAA